GAUGCGUGUCUGCUGGUCCUUGAGACCUCGUGUAUCGUGUUGUCAGUAUCGGCACACAUCGCCAUCCUGCCCUCUAACGCAUGGCAGCGAGAUAGAGCUUCUUCACCAGUCGCAGCUUGCCAUGUCGAAUCCGCCUAUCACUCUACGAAGCUUGACAUAUUCUGACCGCUACGUUCAACACAACACUGACAGAUAGAAAGAUAUUUGAAGAAUGUCGAUGUUCAAUGAACGUUUGGUACGCUCUGGGAUGGCGGGUACGUUCUUCCCAGACAUAGAACGCCAAGGCAUUUGUCCCACUCAGGCCGUUUACAUAGCUGCCGGCGUUGCCCUGGCCGCACAUCUCCUGACUUGGAUCCUGCCUGAUACACUGCUAGAUGUAUUUACUACGAUGCAAAGCUCUGUGGCCAUCCUGGCCCUGGCCUCCUUGGCCGUUCUUGUCGUGACACACCAUAGACGAGAGGCGAAUUUGCUGACACAGACUCAGGAGGAGAUGAUCCUCAUUGCUGCCUUUGGGUUCGCCUGGUUCGCUAUACUCGUUGGCAUCCGGGCUUUCAGGCGAUUGGGUGCGGACCCAGGUCCUGCGGCGCAUACAAAUGCUGCACAUGCAUCUGGAAGUGAUGUGGGCGCGAAAGGUGGAUCGGGAUGGAGAAAGUCCUAUCCUUGCGACAGCGAUUCGCUGUAUUGCAUCGAGGAGGAAUGGACUUGGUACUGAGCAACAGUGAGGGGUGUAUCGGACAUUGAGUGGGUAUAGAUGAACUAUUGAUGUAGUACGGAUCCUAUGCGCAGGCCGUAUUUGUAUCCAAUUCUGUUCCAGGUGCCCUAGAAGAUCCGUGCGAGGAGCCCGAAAUACGAAUGAACGUGCUUCCGAUCACCUGCUAGGGGAUAUCGAUAGACUGGCAAGAGACAUAUUGUAUGGGCCCAAAAAAAGCCAAGAGGUGUAACAUUCGCAGACCAAGCAACAAACAUAGUCCUCUAAGCCCUCUGUGCCAUGUCCGAAAUGAUA